AUGCACACUUCUUACGUUUCUCUGGUGGUCUUCGCCAUGGGCGCCGCUGCCGUGCCAAACCUGCCAAAGGCAGCUGGCAACCCGUUCGAAGGCAGCUUCCCUUUCAUGCCCUCCGGAAGCUCCAGCGUGGAAGAUGGCGAUAGCAUGUCCAACCCGGUUCCUGCUUAUAUGGCUGCUAUGCAAGCCGUCGAGGAGGCACAGGCAGGUGAAUACAACAACCCUGCACCCACUCAACAGGCGGUUCCCUCGUCGAUGCCAUUCCAAGAGACGCCUGUUGCUCAGCCUGCCGCCCCCAAGCCGGAGAGUGACGGCAACCAGGAGUUUGAUGCACCCAUGGCUCAGCCCUCAGCGCCUUCGCUGAACAACCCUAUUCCUGAAAUCCCCGACUAUGCUGUCCCGUCAUCCAUGUCGUCCGUUGUUGCACACGUCAAGCCCAGCCCAGCAUUCUCAGCUGUGUACGAGUAUUCCUCUUCUAUGUCGAUCAUGGUCUCCGUGCCAGCCUCUUCGUCCAUGGCUCCGAUAGUGAUUGUGGCUACCCCUGCCCCCGAGUCUAUGCCCGUGGAGAUGGCUCCCAUCACCAUCAACCCAAUGCCCGUACAAUCUAUCGUGCAGACUCCAAUUGCCAAGCCCUCUAGCUUCACCACCCGUCCCAUUUUGAAGGCCUCAGCCAACAUUCAUGGGCAGCAUCUCGCUUCUAUGGCUGCAAGCUCCAGCGUUAUGCACGCUACUCCAUCCAGCUCGGCCACGCCUACGCCUAGUGCACAUGUUGUCGACGAUCCCUCUGGCAUACUCAGCAAGGUUCCCCUUCUGAGUGGUCUUCUCUCUGGCCUUGGACUUGCAUGA